CCCAUCAUGCUCUGAGUGUUGCUCCGCCCAGCUCCCUUCAGCAUGGCCGACCCGCUCCCUCCUCAGCAGGAUGAGGAUUACAGUCAGUUUGUUGCUCUGCACCGGGCGGCCCUCACCGCGUCCGGCGUGCCCCCGAUCUACUGGGAGAGUCUGCACCGGAAGCUGCGGGGGGAGAUAUUCGAUGCGGGGGAGACGUUCGGCAUCAUGCAGGUAGAGGAAGCCGAGGAGGAAGAAGAAGAAGAAGAAGAGGAGGAAGAUCAUAAAAAGAAACGAAAUCCCGGCAACGAGCCGACAUUCAAAGUCAUCGUCACCAAUGAAAGCGGCCUCCGGGCGUCGGAUCCCGGCAGUAUCUUCCUCAUCGACCAUGCGUGGACGUACCGCGUGGAACAUGCGCGGCCCCAGCUCCUGCGCGUCCCCGGCCUCCUACACCGGAUGGCGAACCUCAUGGGCGUCGCGUUCCACGGGGAGGUCCCGGACGAGGGGGCGGUGGAGGAAGUGCUGAAGGAAAUGUGGAAGUACAACCAAACGUACCGUCUUUCCCAGGGGUCGGCGGAGGAGAAGGUUCCCGUCUGGUACAUCAUGGACGAGUUUGGCUCCCGGAUCCAGCAUUCGGACGAGCCCACGGCCGGCACCGCGCCGCUGCUUUACAUCCCUCAGCAAAUGACCUACACGCUCCUGUGGCCCCUCCGAGACCUGGAGGACGGCGAGGAGGUGUCACGUGACUACACUUACGGAGAGACCGACCCGCUAAUCCGGAGCAGUCUCCUCUUCCCGUGGCGGCCCGUCGACCUGAAUCACGUCAGCUGUCACACCCCGGAGCCGCCGGAUGCCUAUUACCAGGGAAUUCUUGAUGAAAACAAAGAAAGUUUGCCGGUUCCCAUCGAGCCUCCGUUACCCGACAAGAGUAAAAUCUUCAAGGUUUUCACGGACAUGCAGCAGGUGCUCGGCGGAGUGAAUCACCCGCGUUUCCGCUUCACAGACAGCGAGCGAGACGCCGACGUUCUCUUUAACUUCUCCCACAUCAAAGACUACAAGAGGCUGAGCGUGGAGAGACCCCACGUGCUGCUGAACCAGUUCCCCUGCGAGAGUCUCCUCACCGUGAAGGAUUGCCUGGCGUCCGUGGCACGGCGGGCCGGUGGCCCCGAAGGUCCGAAGUGGCUCCCGCGCACCUUCAACCUAAAGACUGAACUCCCACAAUUCAUCAGUUACUUUAAGCAGCGCGAGCAGCGCGGAGAAGACAAUCACUGGAUAUGUAAGCCGUGGAACUUGGCCCGGAGCCUCGACACCCACGUGACCUCCAGCCUGCCGUACAUCAUCCGCCAGCGAGAGAGCUCGCCAAAGGUCGUCUCCAAGUACAUCGAGGACCCCGUGCUCUUCCGGCGGGACGACGUGGGGAUGGUGAAGUUCGAUAUCCGUUACGUGGUUCUGCUGAGGUCGCUGCGGCCCCUGAAGCUCUUCGCUUACAACGUCUUCUGGCUGCGCUUCGCCAACCGGCCGUUUGCCCUCAACGAGCUGGAUGAUUACGAGAAGCAUUUCACGGUCAUGAAUUACGCCCCCAACGUGGAGCUCAAACAGAUUCACUGCGAGGAGUUCGUCGCUCUGUUCGAGGCGCAGAACCCGGCCUUCCCGUGGAGCUCCGUUCAGGAAAAUAUCUUUAAAAGCUUCGGCGAAUUAUUUCAAGCGGCUUCGUCCAGACCGGCCCCGUACGGGAUCUGCGAUUACCCAUCAUCCCGAGCGAUGUACGCCAUCGACUUAAUGCUGAAAUGGGACACGGACAGCGAAGGUAAACGGGUCAUCCAGCCUCAAAUUCUGGAAGUGAACUUUAACCCCGACUGCGCCAGGGCCUGCAAGUAUCACCCCUCCUUCUUUAACGACGUCUUCAGCACCCUGUAUUUGGACGAGACGGAGAACUGCCCCGUCACGCGAAUCCUUUAAACGCCCCGGAGCCGCCGCCGGGGAACCCAAACGCUGCCGGGGCACCCAAACGCUGCCGGGGCACCCAAACGCUGCCGGGGAACCCAAACGCUGCCGGGGCACCCAAACGCUGCCGGGGAACCCAAACGCUGCCGGGGUCUUCACCGCCCUCUCUGCUAAACGGUGCUGGGAAUAUUCGGCAAAUUCUGCUUUACGGGUGAAAACUGCAUUUUAGGAACGAGAAGGGAAAGAAAACACGGCCCCCGGCACGGGGGGCAGAAAGCGGGUUUUAACCCAUUGAGUACCAAAGUGACGCCUAGCGCGUCGGAUGCGUUUUGUUACAUUUAGUGCUUCGUAUCUUACAGCCGGUCAUAUAACGGAGGAAUGUUCCGGUGCUUCCGUCUUCCAGUAAGAAGCUUGUAUGUCACACAUACCCCGCCCCCCCCCGGUAUCAGCCCCGCGUCGACACACAGGAUCCGGGGUAUAUACGUAACGUGCGGAUCUCGGAUAUGCGCUGCCUCCUGCUGGAAUUUAAAUAAACCACAUUUACAUAA